UGUGUCGAAUCGUGUCACUUCCUUGUCCCCGUCGUGUUCAGUUGUGAUUGGAAGUGGAGUUCACUGAAAUGCCCACAGAGUAAUGCAGCUACGAGAGCUUGUUAUUUAGUGCUGCCACCGUCUAAACGAUAUAUCUUCUUUUUUUUGGUAAACCCUGGGAAGCCGGAGCACAGGCUCCACAGACGCGCGAGCUAGCUGUGUAGCUAGGCGGUCUGUCAUUGGCUGCUGGGAAACUUAUGGAAACAUGGAUUUCCUCUGUGAUAUAGUCCAAGCUCUGCUCGCAUUGGCAGCUCUAGGUUUCAUUGUGGUGCUCAUUGUUGCACAUGUCACCGCGGAGAUGGUGAACCUGACACGCCACGAGAAGGAGAAACACUUCCUCACCGCCUCAGGGGAGAAGGAGAUGUUCCCCAGCCUGCACGAUCCCCAUUCCAGGGAGCUCUCUGUGGUGAUCCCAGCCUACCAGGAGGAGCUCCGCAUGCCUGUGAUGUUGGAUGAAGCUAUGGAGUACUUGGAAAACAGACAGAAACAAAACCCAUCUUUUACCUAUGAGGUCGUUGUGGUUGAUGAUGGCAGCAAAGACAAAACCACAGAGGUUGCUUUGCGGUACACUAGGAAGUAUGGUGCAGAUAAAGUGCGGGUGCUGACGCUGGUAAAGAACAGGGGCAAAGGAGGAGCUGUGCGGAUGGGAAUGCUCAGUUCCAGAGGUAAAGUCAUUCUGAUGGCCGACGCUGACGGAGCCACAAAGUUUUCUGACAUUGACAAAGUGGAGGCUGGACUUAAAGACCUUAACCCAAAACCGGAGAAUAUGGGCAUUUCCUGUGGUUCCAGAGCUCACCUGGAGCAAGAGUCUGUCGCUCAGCGAUCCAUGUUUCGCUCAUUACUCAUGUAUGGCUUUCACUUCCUGGUGUGGUUCUUCUGCGUGAGAGGCAUCAGCGACACUCAGUGCGGCUUCAAGCUUUUCACACGUGAGGCUGCACUCAAGACCUUCUCUUCUCUCCAUGUGGAGCGAUGGGCUUUCGAUGUGGAGCUCCUGUAUAUUGCCCAGUGUUUUAAAAUCCCCAUAGCAGAGGUGGCAGUCAACUGGACUGAAAUAGAAGGGUCCAAGCUGGUCCCGUUCUGGAGCUGGCUGCAGAUGGGUCGAGACCUGAUCUUCAUUCGCCUGCGCUACUUCACCGGAGCCUGGAAACUGGAGUCACCGCAUAAGACUGACUAGCCUAUCACACAGGCCCUGGUAUCCUAGAGACAGCCUAUGAUAGGGCCAUCGAACCUUUCGAUGAGGUGGGAUCAACAACCGUGUCCAUCGUACACUGUAAUCCACAUCAAAGAAUACAGAGUACAGUGAGAUACUUUCUUCUCCGGUCCAAUAGUCACUGGAGGAGAAGAAGUGAAGACACAGUUGACGGUUCCUCGUGGUCCUGCCUUUUUUAAAAUUUCGGAUGUUGGCUUGUGAUGGCCACUGUUACACGCACAUUUCUGUCACCACGGCUUACAGAAUGUCCGUAUGAAUAAUCCGUUUACUGAGUUACUUCAUGUUUAUUUUGUGGCCAAUCAGUUGUAAGUCACAAACGUGGAGGAUCUGAUAAUCAGAAAAUUGUUAAAUGAGGUUUUCGAAAGGGAGAGAUUGUUUUUUGUUUUUUUUGAGGAAACAUGGUAGUGGGGUGAUGGGUUGAAUGACUUGAACUAAAAUAAAAAGAAGUCAAUGUUU